AUGGCACUCCAUUCUGGUUCUGUCUUCUGCGACGGAUCUUCUCGCAAACGAGCUAGACAAAUUUCCGAAACGCCUCUCCAAGAUCCUACUCCUUGGGAAUAUCAUCCUACGUACGGCAUCGUUCAUCUCGCGGGUUGUACUGUCUGCAAUGCCUACACCACCCACCUAGUCGAGGCUGAACGACAGUCAUCCUUCCAACUCGCCUUGAAAGAUCGUGAUCGCAAGCACGAUCUUUAUUUUUUUGAUGGCGUAAGCGAAGGUCGUCGUCGCCAGCGCGAUGACAACGAGUACCUCUAUGAAGAGCGGGAGCGCUAUAGAGAUGAACGCAACGAGGCUUUGGAAGAGAUGUCGCGGUACAAGGCCGAAUGUCACUCUAUCCGCGUAGAACUUCGCUUGUUGACGAGCCGGCUUAAUUCGACACAAGAUGAAUGUGCUGUCCUUCGCCGUUCCUUGGAAAAUACAAGUAAGAAUCUAAAGGUGGAUCAAGCUCACCGAUCCUCGACGAUGGAAGGAGUGGAAAUGGAUGCUAUGCCUUCAUGCCCACAGGAUUCUUCACCUCGAUCCAAUCCCACACAUACUCCGACUUUGGCCUCCCCACCCAAGAAAGAAGUGACAUCAGAUCCUAACCUCGAUGGACCUAUUUCGGGCCGUCCUCAGAGCUCGUCCGCUUCUCGAGGUCACUCCACGUAUGCCGCAGUGGCUUCCUCUCAACAUUCCGUUACACCGACGACGGCAACAAUUCCGAAGCGACCAAAGGUUUCUCUCUUAGAUCAUCGUGUUGCUAAUUUGCCUCCAAGGCCAAAUGCUCCUCUUUCACAUAUUGAUUCCAGGCUCACGACGGCGGAAAUCGCGAACGGCCAUCAAGCUGCUCGCGACCCAAAGACCGUUGGCCAACUACAGACGCUGAUGAUCGCUGCUCACAAACCAGGCAACGAUGGGGCACUUGCAAGAAUCAAAGCGUUGUGUGCCGAGGCUCACUCGACACCUCGAGAGAAUAAGACAGAACUUCAGAAAUACCUCUUGUCCAACUGGCGCAAUCCAAACCUAUUCACAGAAUCUGCUCGCAUCGUACCUCUUGUCCCAGCUAAAAUGAACCCACGGAUGGACGAUCCCGUUGAAACGUGGUUUGCAUAUCUUAGUACCCACCAAGGAUCGUGGCCGCGCGGUGUUCGCAGAGACUCUCGCAACCGUCCCUGCAUGUCUGACCUCAAGGCUAGCCGCACCGUCGCUCGGCUUCGACCAGAUGUUGAUUCUACCGGAAGUGUCGCUUCUCGCUCAGAAUUUUUGGCAUGCGUCACCGAGCUAUUUUCCACGCCUGGGGUCUAUAAAAAGUAUAUCGAACAAAAUGGUUUGACAGUUGCUCCAGCUGUAUCCUAUCGCCCAUAUCCUGGCUUCACACCUAUAACACUUGAUGGUGUUAUCCGCCACUUUGCUGAUUGCGGAGUCACGGUGGAAGCUGCUGCUGAAGAGUUUGAGCCUUGGUCGCGGAGUUAUCUAGCUGCUACUCCUAGUCCGAAUGGCUUUCGAGCUAACGAAAGUGGUACCUGA